AUGACAUUUGAGACUUCAAGUCCAGUCAUUUCUGUCCCGUCGACGCCACCCCUCUCGACAUCGGCAUCGACUUCAUCACGUACAAACUCUCUUGUCGUCGCAAGCCUACCCGUUGCGUUCUUCCACCCCACUGUGCUUGACGCCUUGCGCAGUUAUUUCGCCUCAUUCGGCGAGAUAUAUGCAUGGGCUCCUAUUCGUUCUUUCGCGCGUGUCAUCCUUGUUUACUAUAGUGAGGAUGACGCAGAGAAUGCGAAAGCGGGAGCGAACGGUGUCAGACUAGAGGCUACUUCUGCGAGCCCAGAAACUGUUCUACAUGUGUACCGAGCAGACCCUACCCCCAUCCAUCCUCUUUCCGGGUCAUCUUCCCCUACCUCCAAGACCAAAUUUUCUCCGUACCAUCUCAGACCACCCACUGUCGAACGAAACUUCCUGAUCUCUCCACCUGGCUCCCCUCCUGUCGGUUGGGAGCCAAUCCGAGAAGAGCCUCCCAACAACACACCUCUCGCGGAGGAUCUCAUCUUUGCCCUGUGCCGACUUCAGUUCUCACAAGAGAUCGAAGAGCGACCCGGGUCUGCGGGCGUUUCGGUCUUGAUCGAACCUGAGGAAGGACCGGGCGUUGGUGUAUAUGUCGAGGACUGUGGCGAUCCUGACGUUGAUUCGGACGUAUCGGACAGUGAUUCGCCAUCGCAGGAAGAAGGAUGGUUCUACGGCCAGCCAAUUGGUGGGAGACGAUUCGCACCUGCCCCGACUAUGCGACCACCUAUGCCGACUUCUGCUUAA